AUGUCUGACUCUGCCCCCUCCCAGAAGGUCUGGCUGGUCUCCAACGACAACGCCAAAAUCGAAGUCGAUCGCACCGUUGUUGAGCGCUCAAUGCUGCUGAAGAACAUGCUUGAGGAUCUUGGUGAUGUCGUUAUCAGUGUGGAGAACCCCAUCCCCAUUCCCAACGUCAACGAAGCCGUCCUCCGCAAGGUGAUCGAGUGGUGCGACCACCACCGUGGCGACCCUCCUCAAGCUGCCGAUGACGAGUCCGACGCCCGCAAGAAGACCACUGAUAUUGAGGAGUGGGACCAGAAGUUCAUGCAGGUCGACCAAGAGAUGCUUUUUGAGAUCAUCCUGGCCUCCAACUACCUCGAUAUCAAGCCCCUUCUUGAUGUUGGCUGCAAGACUGUCGCCAACAUGAUUAAGGGCAAGUCUCCCGAGGAGAUCCGAAAGACAUUCAACAUCACCAACGACUUCACCCCCGAAGAGGAGGAGCAGAUCCGCCGCGAGAACGAGUGGGCCGAGGACCGUUGA